CAAGUGUCGUCAGCCUGUGUCACGUUCCUAUGGUGUUGUGUAGUGUGUGUUUGUGUGUGUUGCUGGCUGUAGAAGUCAAUAGGGAGUGUGUCUCGCAUGGUGUUGUUGUUUGUGCUGUGUAAACGCUGCUAAAAAUGUCUAACAAAUAUCCAGUUCAAGUCAGGAUGCGGGAAAUGUCAAAGCAAGAAGAAAUUUUGAUGAAGAAGAAGCGAGAAAUCGAGCGAAAAAUGAAGGAGCAACACCACCACCAUCAGGCCCAUGGCAAAAAGGCAGGGGGCGGCGGUGGCGGUGGUCGUGGCGGUAGCAUUAGUAGUGGAGUGGCACUUCCUAGACAUCCUACGAGCCAUGAACCAACCGGCAUCAGUGAAACGGAAUCCUCAACAACAAUGAACAAAUUCAACAAUGAUGGAAGUUUUUUGGAGCAGUUCAAGAAAUUGAAGAAUAAAACGGAAGUAAAAGAAGAAAACUAUUCAACAUCUCAUAAAUCCAAAUCAUCAGGACAAGGCACUAACAAGCUAAAGGCAUAUUGCCAGAGUGUUCCAAAACAGACUGAUGCAGCCCAUACAUACUCCAGGCAAGAUAAUGUUUCACCUCCAUAUCCAGAUGACGUCAAACCACAUUUACUUGUUGAUGGAAGGGUUGACACCCUCCCCUUCAGUGAAGAUGUGAAAACUGAACCAGAAAAUCCUGAUUGGUUUCAAGAUGCCCUAAGAAGAGCACAAGCCAAGGCAAAGGAACUCUCAGAAACUCCAGCAGUUUCUCUCUCAGCUUGUUCCAGUGAAGAGGAUUCGAGCAACAGCAAAUUAUCUGACAUGUCCAUGAGCAAGAAACGAAAAAGCCGCUGGGGAGGACAACCUGCCCCUGCGGCUGCCCCAGUAACACCAUUAGUUCCAGUAUCCACUACAUCAUUCUCGGUGCCAGAGAACCUUAUGGAUAUGGUAGGGGAAGGAGAGCACUUCCAAGCCAUCCAUGGGGUUAUGGUCACUCGCCUUACAAGGAAUAAUCCAGCAAUUGUUGCAUAUGCACAGAAAGUUUUUGGCUCUCUUGAUCUAACAGAUGCACAGUGGAAGCAAUGUGAAGAACAAAUGAAGAUGAAUGUGGUCUUCCAACUGCUUCAGGCAAAGAAGAGAGAAUCUGAGCGUUUGGAAAAACAAGGGAAAGUUAGAUAUGAGUAUGAUUCUGAUGAAGAUGUUGAUGGUGGUACUUGGGAACAUAAAAGACGAGCUAGAGAGAUGGAAGAAACACAAGCCAGGGCAGCAGAACUCACCAAUAUGGCAGAAGGGAAACAUCAUAUUGGUGAUUUUCUCCCCCCAGAUGAAUUAGCAAGAUUUAUGGAAAAGUAUCGAGCAAUCAAGGAAGGUCGAGAUCCAGACCUCUCAGAUUAUCAAGAUCAUAAGCUCACUGAAGAUAAUGUUGGCUAUAGAAUGCUGAAGAGCAUGGGAUGGACUGAAGGAAUGGGUCUUGGUGCAGAAGGAAAGGGUAUAACCACCCCUGUGAACCAAAAUGGCAGGUCUGAGAACCAAGGAUUGGGUGUGGAGAGGCCUGAAACAUUGCAAGAAGAAGAUGAUGAGUAUGAUGCCUACAGGAAGCGCAUGAUGCUGGCUUACAGAUUUCGGCCAAACCCAUUGAACAAUCCUCGGCGAGCAUACUACUGAGUGUUGUUAUUUGUUAACCAUAUCGUUCUGGGAUUAAAGUAAGUAUAUGCAUUGAGAACAAAGAAUUAUAUAUUCUCUACUUUAUACAAAGUAGAUAAUGUUUGAUCAUAAGAGAAUACUUACAUUUAUGCUGUCAACUUCAUAUUCAAGAAAAGUAUAUUGGAUAACAAAUUUUGAAUUGUAUGUAUCAAGAAUACUUUGGUUCUUCAUUGUGCCUAUUUUCAUGUUUUGUUAGAUUAAUAUUUUGUUUAGAUUUCUAAUUCCUAAAGUUAUGUCAUCAUUUGUAGAAUACGUUGCUUUUAGAUUGUAAAAUUCUAAUAUUUGUCAUUCAAGUAUAAUGUUCAAAACCAGAUUCCAUUAAUUUCUGUUCAGCUGAUCACGUGCACAGGACUGCAGUAUAAGAUUUUUUUUUUUUUUUUUUUUUUUUUUCAAUGUAUGAUAAUAAUUUUGUUAGUUCAUUUCAUGGGUACCUUAUUUUUGCUUACAAUAUCUCUUUUCUGACUUACUAUUUACAUAAGUAUUCACUAUAGAUACACUGGUUAUCAGAAUUUGGAAAAUAAAAAGAAUAUAGAUCGAUGUGUGAAUUAAAAAGAAUUCACAAAAUUUUCACAUAAUGUAUGAUCCCUACAUGAUUAUAUGUUGCCUCUACAGCUCUACCAAGUAUAUUAGCUGUAGUCAGGAUUCUUAUAUAAAAGUUUCUUCAGAUGAAAUGUAGAUGAAGUGGAAAUUGUGAAGCUUGUAAUAAGUGCAGUGUUUAAAGUCAGUGUUUUGAUGAUAUACCUUAAUCUUAUGUGUUUCAUUAAUUCUUUCAAAUUAUAAAGUACUUUAAAAAUACUUUAUUGUUGAUAACCAGGAUAUGUUUAGUGGGUACUAUUAGUAAUAUUUAGGCACUGAAUUUGCAACAGAGACAAGUGCACAAGUGGUUAAAGUUGCUAUUAUGUUUGAAAUAUUAUUUCUGUAACUUAAAAUAAUAAUUAUAUGUAUUGAUACUGCAGUUUAGAACCACAAUUCUUAUCUCACUUUCUGUCUUCAUUACAUAAGACUUUUUAUUUAGUAAAUACUCUUUAUAGUU